GGAAGAAAAGUGGGGAACGGGACUUCAAGAACCCAGUUAUAUAGCAGCAGCCAGAUCUAUUCCUAUUCUUCAUUCCCCUCCCUCUCCCCCUCUUUCCCCUUUCCCUCUUCCUCUAUUAUGUGAAGAAGAAAAAGCAGAAAUUCCUAGUUUCUAGUUUUUGUUCUUCUUCCUAUUAUACUCUAAUUCUGCUGGGAAUAGUUGGAUUUUUGAUGGAUUUGGGAAGGUGGUGGGGGGUGCUGUGGGCGCUGCUCGUGAUAUCGGUUCUUCCCGGCUUGGUUCUUGGAGGGGAUAUAGUCCACGAGGACGACAAGGCCCCGAAGCUGCCAGGAUGCUCUAACAACUUCGUUCUGGUAAAAGUGCAAACCUGGGUUAACAACAGAGAAGAUGCUGAGUUUGUUGGGGUUGGUGCUCGAUUUGGCACUACAAUUGAAUCAAAAGAAAAGCAUGCUAACCGAACUCGGCUUUCUGCGUCAGAUCCUUUUGAUUGCUGUACUACACUUAAGAAAAAGCUUGCUGGAGAUGUCCUAUUAGUGCAACGAGGAAACUGCAGAUUUACGACCAAGGCAAAGGUUGCAGAAGCAGCUGGUGCUUCUGCCAUCCUUAUUAUAAAUAAUCGUAAAGAAUUAUACAAGAUGGUCUGUGAUCCCAAUGAAACAGAGUUGAAUAUAAGCAUAUCAGCAGUUAUGCUGCCACAGGAUGCAGGUGCAAGCUUAGAGAACAGCAUCACAAGUGGUGCCUCAGUUGCGGUGCAGUUGUACUCUCCAGAUCGUCCUCUUGUUGAUACUGCAGAGGUGUUUCUAUGGCUUAUGGCAGUUGGUACCAUCUUAUGUGCAUCUUAUUGGUCAGCAUGGAGUGCUAGAGAAGCAUCCAUUGAAUAUGAAAAGUUACUAAAGGAUGCCCCGGAUGAGAUACUCAACAUGGAAACCACAGGCGCCGGUGGUGUGGUGGACAUAAACACAACAUCAGCUGUUUUGUUUGUUGUGCUUGCAUCAUGCUUCUUGAUCCUACUUUACAAAUUUAUGUCCCACUGGUUUGUGGAGCUUUUGGUGGUUCUAUUUUGCAUUGGUGGAGUAGAGGGCCUACAAACAUGCUUGGUAGCUUUGUUAUCACGAUGGUUUAAACGUGCUGGGGAAUCUUUCAUUAAAGUUCCCUUCUUUGGAGCUGUUUCAUACCUUACACUGGCAGUCUCACCAUUCUGCAUUGCUUUUGCUGUUGUAUGGGCUGUUUAUCACUCCUUGUCCUAUGCCUGGAUUGGCCAAGAUAUCCUGGGUAUUGCUUUGAUUAUUACAGUUCUCCAAAUCGUUCGAAUACCCAAUCUUAAGGUAAGAUUUUCGUGUCCCAAUGCUCCAAGAAUUACAUUCACAUUUUUAACUUCUUGGAUGCAUCAGGUGGGUACUGUGCUUCUCAGCUGUGCGUUCCUGUAUGACAUCUUUUGGGUUUUUGCUUCAAAGAGGUGGUUUCAUGAGAGUGUGAUGAUUGUGGUUGCACGUGGUGAUAGGACUGGUGAUGAUGGUGUACCCAUGUUACUUAAGAUCCCACGCAUGUUUGAUCCAUGGGGGGGUUACAGCAUUAUUGGUUUUGGUGACAUUAUCCUGCCUGGGCUGCUAAUUGUAUUUUCAUUAAGAUAUGACUUUGCUGCAAAGAAAACUCUACGAGCUGGUUAUUUCUUGUGGGCCAUGGUGGCUUAUGGUUCUGGUCUUCUUAUUACAUAUGUUGCUUUGAAUCUAAUGGAUGGACAUGGCCAACCAGCUCUUCUUUACAUCGUCCCCUUCACACUGGGCACCUUCUUGGCUCUGGGGCGAAAAAGAGGUGAACUCGGAAAUUUAUGGACAAAAGGAGAACCAAAGAGAAUAUGUCCGCAUAUUCAACCUGUUCAAUAGAUAUCUAUAUUUUGACAGCAAAAAAAAAGAUUUCUCUGUUUAUAUGCAACACUGAAUAUAUAGCGUUCAACCUAUUAGGGUACAUGUGUAAUAGAUCAGAACUGGUGGAGACUUUGGAAAAGAUUCUCGUAUUCCAAAGAUUCUCGUGUUGACCUUUUGUUCAAUGUUGUAUUUUACGACGACUCGAAUUUCAAAAUUUAACAAGUUGUGGAGUUGUUUCUAACUUUC